UACCGGAAGCGGAAUGAUUUAUUUGGUUGCGCUUCUUUGCGGACCUUGUUUUUGUUGUUUUCUGCGUGGAUGUGAGUCAGAUCACUUAUGCUUUGUUUGCAUUAGCAUCGCGGGAUGUCGCCACCGGAAACACGCAGAGAAAAAUCAUAUUUUUAAGCCUUAAAUCGAUUUUAGGUUGUUUGUUUUUCUGUGGGAAGAAGAGGCGAAGCACCUUUUGUUUGUUUUUUCCUCCCCACCAGCGCGUCAUCAUGGACAUGUACGGCUACGGCGGGACGUUCCUGGUGAAACGGUUCACGGCUCCGGUGGAAGUCGUGAACAUGUCUGAAAUCAGCAAGGCGAGCCCUCACGGCUGUGAUGGCGGAGCUCUAACGGACCGGUUCGGGGUUCUCAUCCAGGCACUCCUGGCUGUCGUCGCGUUCAGCACGCUGAUGCUGAAACGGUUCCGGGAGCCUGUGGGAAUCCGACGACCGUGGAGGAUCUGGUUUUUUGACACAUCCAAACAGGCCAUUGGUGCUCUGUUUAUCCACUUUGCUAAUGUCUUCCUGUCCACGCUCACCAAAGAGGACCCGUGCUCUCUUUAUCUGAUGAAUUUCCUGCUGGACGCAACGCUGGGAAUGCUGGCAAUCUGGCUGGCUGUGAAGUUGGUGUCCAGGCUGGUGGAGUACAAGCAGUGGACUCUGCUCGUGUUCGGAGAAUAUGGUGACCCCCCCCAGGCUGCAGCGUGGCUGGGCCAGUGUGGCGUUUACUUGCUCGUCAUGGUGCUGGAGAAAGGUGUGAUCAGCCUGGUGCUGCUCAUCCCUGGCUGGUCUAAACUGCAGGAGGUGUUGCUAAGCUACAUCGCUAACCCUCAGCUGGAGCUGGCGCUGGUCAUGCUCAUCGUGCCCUUCAUAGUCAACUCCAUUAUGUUCUGGGUGGUGGACAGCCUGACUAUGAGGAAACACAAGACGAUGAAGAGCCUGGACGACUCCUGUGACAGCUCUGGGGGGAAGGAUGACUCCCUGCUGGGGGGGAGCAGUGAGGAGUCACGGGUGUUGUUGGCGGUCGAGUCGGACCCCGAGGAGGAAUCGGACCAGGAGGACGAGACGCGCGUCCGCGUUCAGUAUUCAGGCGGACCGCUGAGGCCGAGCUGGGUGGUGGUGUAAACCCCGGUGGACCUGGUCUUCCACCCAUCCACCUGCUCUCUGCACGUCUUUCACCUCCGACGAAAACUGGCGGAGGCCGAAUGCACCGAGAGUUCCACAAACACGUUUAUCUUCUUGCCUCCUUCCUCCGUUUUGAUGCGAGGAAAGAUCAGAACGUGAAGUUUGUGUGGAAAGGAAAUCUAAAAUGAUUUCCUCUGGGAUGUUUUUGGGUGCUGAGGCAUUUUUAUCUUGGGUCAGAUUCCCAGUAGAGUCAAAUAUAACACAAGUAUUAAAAAGUGCUCUUUAACGGUUGAUCUGUGGACAUAUAACCACUCAGACGGCGCCUUUAAAAGGCCCAAACGUAAUCAUUCCUGCAUGUCUCUAGUUAAAGCAGCCAACAAGCACAGAAAGUCGAACCUUUAGCUGCUCUGAUGAACCAAAUGCGUCGCUGAGUAGAUAAAAGUGGCUGAUUUUUUUAAUGGUGGAGGACUUUUUAACUUCAGUGGGAGAAGAAGUUACACUUGUAGAGUUUUAUAAUGAUCAGAAGUUCAAAUGUCAGAAACCAGCAUGAAAGCUGCAAGGAAACAGCCGAAAUGACAAAAGAAAGGUUUCCUUUUGCACUGGUUGAUCAAACGUAAUCAAUAAAUAGUGCCACUAAUCAAUAAAGUAUCACGUGCACGUUAAAGUACAACGCAAAGCCGUUAGGAACUGAGGGCAGGUGAAGAUGCUGCUGCAGGAAAGUUGUCCAAGAAUGUUCCUGAGAGAAAAACAAAAUCACCUCCUAGUGAGGAGACGAAGAGGCAAUCGACCGGAACAAUAACGCAAAAUUAGAUUUUUCUUUGUAAGUAUUUCCUCUGAAGCUGCUCUGGUGAGGUUUUUAGCACAUUUAUCCGUGUUAGUUGUGUAAUAAAACACCAGACGGCUAAGUCAGAGGUGUUUUGAUGUUUAGCUGCACAAGUUGCCCGUUACAAUCACAGAAAUGUCCAAACAGCUGCUCCAGGAUCAGCGUGGGUUUGGUUUACUGCUGGAACGUCAGACGGAGCCAAAUCAAUCAACACGAAAACCGAGAAACAGUCCAUUUCUCGUUUUGUCUUGUUAUUUAAAGCUGAAGUUUUGUGAUAAAAUCAGAAAAUUUUCUAUUCAAAUACUUUGAGCUAGUUUUAAAAAUCACUAUUUUGGUUUUAUACCAAAUCGGUCGCAGCCGUUCUCAGUGAAGCCGUCCCACAGCUACGUAUGAAACUCCUCCGUUUUGCUGCACACAGUAUUUAUUCUGUUGAUGUUUGGUUGUUUGCUGCUCGUGGGGAAAAGGUAAAGGAGCUUCUGGGAUGCUAAAGGGUUCCAAAUCUAAACUAUUCUCAUUUUUCCAAUUCAAAACUUCCCCAUACUUGAUUUAGACGUGUAACACCGUUUGUAAUCCAUGUGCGGGUGUGUGUUCUACCGAGCAGAUGAAGCGUCCUGAAGCUGCCAACCCACAAACCUUCUCACUGAAUGUAUUUACUCUGCUUGAAUAAAGAUGACUGACACCUGAA